CACUAGGAGUGCCAUAUCGUAUAUAUGACUUCAAUUGUGUAUGUAGUUGCGAGUAGGUUUUAGAUAGCUGAUAUUUGACUGCCUAGGUACUUGAUUAGACCAGGUCUGUGCUCAAGCUCUGAGUUUCAUCGAUGAUCGACUUCGUAUUGUACCACAUGCCAAAUCGCAGUCGCUCACUCAGCAAAUCCAUGGACCGCGCGUUGUCAGGCGUAAUUGAUCUUCCUACACAGUAAUUGAUUGACUGUUUAGAUUCCCUCAACUCCGAGAUCAUUCACCUGACGACGACUGUUCCCGAGGCCUUGUUGUUCUUAUUGUUGAAAGGGCCUUCUCAACAAUCUCAUCCCAUCUCAAUUAUCAUUCAGACGACUCAAUAUUUUAACCAGAUAGCCAUGGCCUCUACACAGAAGAAAUAUGCAUUGGUGACUGGCUGCACGCCUGGCGGCAUUGGCCAUUACUUAGCUCUCGAGUUCGCUGCUAAAGGCUAUCACGUCCUCGCCACCGUGCGCGACCCCUCCAAAUACCCAUCCGCACCACAUCCCGAGAUCACCUAUCUCCCGCUCGAAGUAACCUCUCAGCAAAGCAUCAAUGCCCUGAAAGACGAGGUGACGCGGAUCACCAACAACCGCCUCGACAUCCUGUACAAUAAUGCCGGCCGAAACUACACAGUCCCGGCGACGGACCUCGACAUCGACGAGGUGCGCGACCUGUUCGAAGCAAACGUAUACAGCGUGAUGGCCAUGACGAAAGCCUUCGUCCCUCUUCUGAUCGAAGCAAAGGGAACGAUCGUGCAGACCGGUAGUCUCGCGGGAAUCUUGCCGUACGUAUGGGCGUCCGCGUACAGCGCUUCGAAAGCAGCGCUGCACGCUUUCUCGGAUACUCUGCGUGUCGAGCUUGCGCCCCUGGGCGUCCGCGUCGUGAAUGUCAUUACUGGAGGCGUCACCAGCAAUAUCGCGAGGGUGCAUAGAGAGCUCCCAGCGGACUCGUAUUCCCUGCCUAUCAAGGACGACUACGAGAGGCGGUUGACGUUCAGCCAGCAAUUGGGCAUGGAUACGCAGACAUAUGCAAGGAGCUGCGUGAAACAGGUGAUCGCUGGGGAUCACUGGUACGGAAAGCAGAGGACGAUUUGGGAGGGCAAGAUGAGCUGGAUUGUGUGGGGUGUGUGGUUCUUCCUUCCUCGCGCGGUCAUGGACAUGUAUUUCACUGCGAAGUUCAGUCUGUGGAAGUUGAAAGGCACGGUGGGAGGCUCGAACAAGAAGACCAACUAGAUUGUAAUAUCUUAUUGAACGUGCUUCUUCGAGACACCCUGAAACUCAGCGGCAUGUCGUCGGAUUUAAGGAUCCACGCGGGGAAAAAUACAACGUUCUUUCUCGCUGCACCUCCAUGCCAUGUUCUCAAGGGAGGCCGCUCUCCCUUAUAUACUGUAGACUUGGAGUCCAGUUGCUAUUUUCUUCUACAUUAUAGACUGCCGCAAUAGCCCAAAACAUGGACUUUCCCCCUCGUUGUCUCCUAAUAACAUCUUAUCGUACAAGAUACCAUAUCAAC